AUGUUCAAGGUGCCCGACUCAGACCUGCCGUCGACGCCCAACUCGCGCCGCGACAAUGACCAUCCAUCCACAACACCCGCACACCCACCGCCGACAGGAUACACGAAUGCCUCCUUCACUCCAGCCGGUCCUCCGCCUCCCAGUGUAUAUGGCAGCUCGCUCUUUGGCGAAUCCCGCAACAACUUCCAACCGCACUCCAAAGCUACGAAGCCUGCCUUCGCAGUGCCUAGCAGUCCACCUCGCAACCAUCACCAAGACUUUGACGACGACAUGGAUGCCGACGGCGAGAGCAUCCCAGACGACUACCCGAACAGCCAAUUGCCCGCCUUCAAUUCUGCCUUUCCAUCAGCCUUCCGCUCCGCCAACAAGCCAACACAACAGCCCGUCAUGGUCUCAUCACCCCGUGGUCUAAAGCGUUCGCGUUACGGAAAUGUCAUGGGCGAUUCUUUGCGUCAGUCUACCGGCCUGCGCAUCGAAAAGGACAGACAGACUGCCAUUCCUGGCAUUGCAAAGAAGAUGGCUACCAGACAAGCCCCACCGCUGAGCGAGAGCGACGACAUGAUCCUGCGCACCGACUCGCUCAUGGCCCAGCUGGACGCCGACAUUAAGCUCGCAACCACACCCGUUCUUCCGAACCGCACGGCACAACAACUAGGCCAGCUCUGGCAGAAGCACUCUCAGAUCAAAUCACAGUCGGGCUCCAUUGGCCCCAAAUCAAACUCUGGUCUCGACAAAGCAAACUAUUUGGCACAACUCGCUCUCCACCUACACCAUCCCUUCUCCACAUCUGUCAAUGCGCCCUCCUCAUACCAAUCGAACACCGCCUACUCAAACCUCGUCAUGUCUUCAGAUCACCCCACUUCGAUCCCCCGUGCCCUGCUCGACUGGCUGAACACCUACCACAACCCCUUUCCCGAUGAUCUUACAGAUGUCGUGCGCUACCGUCCUACCCCCGUUGCUCACGAUCGAUUCUGGGACAUAGUUUAUGCCUGUACAUUGCGCGGCGACAUCCUCAACGCUAUCAACUUACUAGAAACUGCAGAUUGGUCGCAAGCCGAAUCUGCUAUCGAAGACGGUUACGAUGAGCCCGGAUACUCUGGAAGCCACCUUCACGCUAUUCGUGAAGUCAUUAGCCGCUGCGUGGAUCUGCUCAGCACCUGUCCUGCUGUCACUGAGAAUGACUGGGAUGUGAAGGGCUCUGACUGGACCAUCUUCCGCCAUCGUGUUCGUCGCGAGCUUCAAGACUUGCAAGACUUUGCAGAAGCAGACAGUCGCGACAAAGACCAGUUCCCGCCUGCACCAUUUGGCAGAGUGAGCAUGAGUUUCAGCACUGCCAGCCGUCGUGCCGAGAGCAAGGUGCCUUGGCUCAUCUACGAGAGUCUCAAAACCCUGUAUGGUCAACUGCUGGGCAAGAGGGAUGAAAUCAUGGUUGCUACUCAGGACUGGUUGGAGGCCGUGAUCUUCCUCACUGCCUGGUGGGAUGGCGAGGACGACGAUGUCAUGGACGAUUUCGCUGCCAGCAGGCGUUCAAUGCGCCAGUCACAGUCGAUGCGCCAAGUCGACAUCUCACCUGUCUUCGCGUACAAGAAACAGCUACUCCUGGCUUUCGCCGCUACUACCGACAAGCCGGAUGAAGAAGAGUUCUACCUCAAUACUGUCAGCCCUCUCCACGUCGGUCUUGCCUGCAUCUGUGAAGAUGACAUCCAGGGCCUCGUGGGUAUCUUGAAGUCUUGGUCCCUGCCUAUCGCUUCUGCUAUCGUUGAGUUGGCUACUGUCGCGGGCUGGAUGCCAUCUUCGGCAAGCAACAUCUUGGACGCCUUUGACCAAGACGACUUGAUGGUGUUGAGUCACGGUCAACCAUCACAACCCGACUUGAUCAAGCGCGAUGACGUGCUGAUACAAUAUGCUUCAGUCUUGGCCAAGAAGGACUCCUUCAAGAGUGCGACUGGCCGACCUGUGCAGGAGGGCUGGGACCUUGCUUGUCGUGUGCUUGGACGUCUUGAUAGCUUCGAGACGGCCAAGUCGAAAAUCUCAGAGCUGCUGAAUCAGAUCACCCUUGACUCGACGAUGCGAGUAGAUAAGGUCCUCGCUGUUCUCAAUGAGAUCGGUCUGCCUGAUCAGGUUCGCGAGAUUGCCGAGCGCUACGCUGAUGAUCUGGCAGCUUCUAGUCAAGACUAUGGUUGUGCUCUGAUCUACUACGCACGUGCACACGCCUCGCAGAAGCUUCGCAGUACCAUUGAUCUGCUUAUCUCAUUGUGUCUGGUGCAGAGUGCUGCAUUCCCUCCACAGGCAAUUAUCGAUCCGCAACUUGAUGCUCUUCUCAACGAUCAACAUGCCACUCUCCACCAGGUCGCACGUCAAGACGUUGCAGCUGCUCAACUUCUUGCAUCACAUCUCAGUGGUUACGCAACACUUCGCCGCUUUUACGACUUACGCGACGCGGACGCUGCCAAAGAUACAGCUGAAGCUGAUGUUGAACAUGAUGAAGAAGUUGCGAGUCGCAAGCCUGGCAUGUUAAGGCCAUUGGCCCGCAAGCGCGAAGCAGCCAGGGCAUUGAUGGCCGUCAUCGAGUCCGCCGCGGAUAGUAUUCGNGGNGGUUUGUAUGAUUCUGAGGCUCAGUCUGUGGUGCAGGUGGACGCUUUGAUGACUUUGUUGUGUGAAGCAUUACCUCUAAUGAAUCUUGAAGACCUCGAGACUAUCACCCCAGGCAUCUACGCUCAAAAUUCCGCCGUCUUCAAUGCUGCAAUCAACAGCUAUCUCUCAAACCCAACGACACCUGCUACCCUUACGCCAUCAUCCUCAACCCCCGAUCUCAGCAAGUCAAUUGCAGGCCUGAAGCAGAGCGUGAGCUGGAACAUGGUCAACAGCAGUGGCAGCAUCGCUUCUGAACAAACCGGCAAUGGCGAUUCCAGUGCUGGUGUGAUGGGAGGUAUCCAGGUGAAGAGAGCAUGGGACUGGAGAGUCGGUGCUGUGUAUAUGAAGGGCAAGAGCGUUAAGCCCGAAGACGUGAUGCGAGUCCUUAGGAGCCAGGUCGCUAUCGAGAUGGGCAAGGCAUACUUUGUCAGACAACGCGAGGAGCGGGUCAUGGCCAUUGAUCCGCACAAGGGUACAAUUGGUAGCGUGCCGUUUGCACAGGCAUUCAAAUGGCGCUCCGACCAUUUGGCUGGUGAAGACGAGCAUGCGUUGGCCAAAGUCAUGGCCUCUUCCCACACAGGCAAUGCGACAUUCAGACAGUACAUUGACCACGACAACAAGGAUCUCGGAACCUUUGAGCAGUUCUACUUCUACUCGACUGAGUUCUAUGGUGGCGAAGGCUCGCCCAUUAUCUUGUUCACUCCUGGAGAGACCAACGCUAGCGCUUAUACGAGCUACCUUACCCUCAACAGGACUACUGGUGUCCUUGCAAAGGAAAUUGGUGCUGCCAUAGCNAUUGAACACAGAUACUGGGGCUACAGUUCGCCGUAUGCUGACCUCACAACCGAGAACUUGCAAUACUUGACACUCGACAACUCGAUCAGCGAUCUGACAAACUUCGCGAAACACGUGCGCCUUCCCUUCGACUACCACAGAAAGUCUUCGCCAAACCGUGCACCCUGGGUCAUGAUGGGCGGCUCUUACUCUGGAGCUCUGUCCGCCUGGACUGCUUCAACUCAACCUGGUAUCUAUUGGGCGUACUGGGCUUCAAGUGCCCCUGUCCAAUCGAUCCUCGACUAUUGGCAAUAUUUCGUACCAAUCCAGCAGGGAAUGCCCAAGAACUGCUCGUCCGACGUGUCUCUGGUGAUCGAUCACAUCGAUUCAGUGCUUCUAAAUGGUACCGCUUCGGAGAUUCACUCGCUUAAGCAGUCCUUUGGUCUCGAGGAUCUGGAGCACAAUGACGAUUUUGCCGCCGCUCUACAGAAUGGCCCUUGGCUCUGGCAGGGCAACCAGUUCUAUAGGAACACUGGCUUCUUCGACUUCUGCGACGCCGUGGAGAAUGUCAAACCUAACAGUACCAAUACCACUCUCCCUGGCCCCGAGGGCGUUGGCCUCAAGAAGGCUCUGGCUGGCUAUGCUGAUUGGUUCAACACAACUUACUUGCCAGGCAGCUGCGAGGGAUAUGGCUACAAAGAGUGGGAAGGUGAACGCAACAUCCAGUGCUUUGACACCUAUAACGCUUCGUCACCUAUGUACACCGACACGAGCCUUAGCAAUUCGCUAGAUAGACAGUGGGUCUACAUGACAUGCAACGAGCCAUUCGGAUACUUCCAAACUGGAGCUCCCGAAGACCGCCCUUCCAUCGUCUCGCGUUUGAGCAAUGUCGACUACUGGACCCGUCAAUGCGCGUUGUUCUUCCCUCCAUCCAACUCCUCAGUUGUUGGAUUUGAUAGAGGCGCCACGACAGCACAGGUCAAUGCAAAGAAUAAGGGUUGGAACAACUACUCGCCUGGACUCCUCUAUGUCAACGGUGACUACGACCCAUGGCGUGAGGCUAGUGUCUCUUCAGACUUCAGACCCAACGGUAAACUGGCAAACUCCACCCGAAACCCAGUUGUCAUUGUGCCUGGUGGCUUCCACACGAGCGAUCUGGUUACACAGAAUGCAAAGAGCAAUGUUGGAGCCAAGGCUGCCAUCGAUGAAGCUGUUGGUAUUAUGAAGCAGUGGGUCGGCGAGUUCAAGCAUGGCAAGAAGUGGUUCGAAGGGUAG